GCAGAUAGCAAGGCCGACGUGAGAGACAGCGGCAGGUAGCAACACAGGCAGGAAAGCUGGAGCCACCUUGAAAGUGACGGGCGUGUGCUUCGUUUCAUCCACUCACCACAAGGCAGCCAUGGAUGUCCAGCCUUGAUUGCACCGCUUGUUUGUAGCCUAAAGACGCGUUAUCCGUCAAUCUCAACUUGUCCGGCGUUUAGUCUGCCAACGACUUGCCUAGACGUUGUUGCCUAGCCGACGAGUUAACUUUUCCUCGACAGGCCCUAUUACACCAGUCGUACAUCCGUUCCCUCAGGAAUUGAGAAAACGGUGAUUCUUCAUCCACCGUGUAUUCAGAGCAGCUGAUCCUGCAGGCAGUCAAGGAAUCGACUUAGGUUGUCGAUCAGUUUAUGAUAGGCUCGCUCGUCACAACACCCGCUACUAUUGCGGCGUCUAGCGAGGACAUGGCGAACGGUAGUCCGCAAAAUCCGCUUCUUAGAGUUUGCAACACGUGGCUGGCCAAUGGCCGGCCAGCAGCAGAAGCGACGAUUUUAGUCACUGGAGGAGCCGGGUACAUCGGUAGCCACACUUGCGUCCACCUUCUACUGGAGGGCUAUAGAGUGGUUGUGGUCGACAACCUGGACAAUUCAUCCGAGCAAGCCGUGAAGCGGGUGGCGGAGCUCGCAGGCGAGAAUGGCAGAAACCUAACAUUCUUCAAGGUUGACCUAGUGGAAAAGGAGACGCUCGAAGAGCUCUUCAAUCAGAUUCAUUUCGACGCGGUGAUUCACUUCGCGGGGCUCAAGGCCGUCGGGGAGAGCGUCAAGUUCCCGCUCAAGUACUACCAGAACAACGUCACCGGCACGCUCAACCUGCUAGAAGUCAUGAGCGACCACGGCUGCAAGAAGAUCGUCUUCUCGUCGUCCGCCACGGUGUACGGCCAGCCGAAGCGGGUCCCCUGCACGGAGGACGACGAGCUGCACGCAUUGAACCCCUACGGUAGAACCAAGCUCUACAUUGAGCGCGCGCUGCAAGACGUGUACACCGCGGACGCGGCAUGGAGCAUCGUUUUGCUGCGCUACUUCAACCCCGUGGGCGCGCACCCGAGUGGACGGAUAGGGGAGGACCCGCGGGGCAUCCCCAACAACCUGAUGCCGUUCAUUCAGCAGGUCGCGGUGGGGCGGCGCACGCACCUGUCGGUGUUUGGGAGCGAUUAUCCAACACGCGACGGCACAGGGGUGCGGGACUACAUUCACGUCAUGGACCUUGCUGCCGGCCAUGCAGCAGCGCUGAGGCGGAUAUUCACGUGCCAGGCUGGUGGCUGCGACGUGUACAACCUAGGCACGGGCAAGGGCACAACGGUGCUUGAAAUGGUGGCUGGAUUCGAGAGGGCGUGUGGGCAGAAGCUUCCUGUGAAGCUGUGUCCCAGACGACCGGGAGAUUGUUCUGAGGUCUUUGCAUCCACAGACAAGGCACAACGAGACCUUGACUGGAGAGCUACACGCACUGUGGAGGAUAUGUGCCAGGACCAGUGGAACUGGGCGCGGCAAAACCCUAUGGGGUAUGCAGCAGAUGAAGAUAGUGAGGAAGGGGAGGACAGCGUGGCUGAAGGAAAUGCAGCUAAUGGAACUGGUUCUCUCGGGGUGUUCAAGAGCAGAGGCAUGGGAUGCCGGAAAGUUUCCCUUAUUAGCAUAUCGCCGAUUUCGAGUUGCGGGUCACUGGGAUCGCUCGAUGACUAUCCUCGUCUUGACGGCCAACACAAAAUCCUCUGACGGCUGGUUGGGGAGCAUCUAGGUGGAGCUGCAUAGGACGUGUAUCCUCUGUGGAUUGGGUAGGAUUUUGCAUUUCUUUUAUUUAUAUUCCUUCUUUGCACCAUGUUGUGAAUAGAUCUAAUUUAGGCAC